AUGGUGACGGUUAUGAUCCUGUGUUUACCAUUUGCCGGCUGUGUGAACUUGGACAAGCUCCUUCAACUCUGUGAACCUCAGUUUUCUCAUGUCUACCUCCCAAGGCUUUGUAGGAAGGAAAAGAGAACCCGGGUUCACAUGGCAUAUACUGAGAGCUCUGAAAAACAUCAGGCAACUUUCAUUAAAAAAAAAAAUAUUUUGCACUUCAAUGCUUGCUUGCGGCAGAUGUUCCUCAUUCACCUCUUCACUCGCACGGAAUCCUUGGUGCUCCUGGCUGUGGCCUCUGAUCGUUUUGUGGCCAUUUCUAACCCCUUGAGAGGCACCACCAUUCGAACUCAUGCAAGAAUCACACAGGUUGGCUCGGCAGUCAUUACCAGGGGGACUGUCACCCUGACACCACUAGUCCUGCUUCUUAGGGGUCUGUCAUUCUGCUGCGGCCACGUGCUCUAUCACUCCCACUGCUUCCACCCUGAAGUGACGAAGCUCUCUUGUUCAGAUACAAAGGUCAAUAGUGCACUUGGACUAACUGCAAUGAUCUCUGCCGCUGGAGUGGACUCCGUCUUUAUCCUGCUUUCCUGUGUCUUGAUCGUUUGCUCUGUUCUCAAUAUUGCAUCCCCAGUGGAGAGGAAAAAGGCCUUCAGUGCCUGCGUUUCUCAUAUCACUGCUGUGGCCAUUUCCUACAUCCCUUUGAUCAGCCUGUCUUUUCUUCACAGAUUAGGAAAAUGUGCUCCACCCUGUGUGUCCACACUCAUUGCUAAUUUAUACUUGCUCGUCCCCCCUGUGAUGAAGCUCAUCAUCUAUAGUGUGAAAACAGGGCAGAUUCAAAAAGCAAUGCUCAAACUUCUAUGUUGCAAGAGAACUCAUAUCUAA